UCCCUCCUCCCGUGGUUCCUUUAGUGACGUUACUUUACGUGAUUCUUGGAUGAUGUGACAGGGGAAGACAGGGGGCGGGGUUUAAAGAACUGUAGUGAUAUUGCGUUAACAAUGACUAAGGUUCCGUUAACAAUGACUAACAGAACUGCAGCGACUGAAACUCCCACCAUGACUUGUUUCGUACAAAGUCGUUGGUGAUACGUUCUCUGUAUGAUAUCCGGAGCAGCCUCCUUAGGUAUUUAUUCUCGAUUGCGUGGAUUCUUCUUUCAGUUUUGACGAGCGGAGUCCACGUGUCACAUCUGUAGAGCAGGAUCGGUACUACCAGGGAUUUGUACAGCUUGUACAAGGCAGGACUUUGGCUGGCGUGCAGCCACGUGACCACCGGUCGCCGAAGAGCUCACUCGACCAAAACUUUUAAAAACCCCACAAAAUAAACAACAACAACUGCAAAUUUCACCUUUCCUCGUCUGAGGUUCGAAGCGUGGUGGGUGUUGACCACUUGAAUAGUCGUUCCCUGACCGUGUUUUCGUCGGGCGUUAAAAACACAGUCAACCGCUGAUUGGAAGGUGUGCGUGAAGACAAGAUGUCGGUUUCGGCGAUUUUGGGAGGCUGGGCCUCCUUCUCCAAACUCACGAGCAGCAGCGACGACGACUGGGUGGACCGGUUGAACCACAUCUUUACUGUCAUCUUGCUGGCAAUCUUCGCUCUCUUUAUUUCGGGUGGUCAGUAUGUGGGCAACCCCAUCAAAUGUUGGCCCACCGAUCAAAUAGAUGGGGCCCGUCUGGCCUACGCCGAGUCGUACUGCUGGGUGAAGAACACCUACUACAUCCCCAUUGAAGAUGACAUCCCCUCGGAACCCUACCGGCGCGAUUCGGAGUUGACAUACUAUCAGUGGGUUCCCAUCAUGCUCCUGUUCAUGGCCUUCCUUUUCAAGUUCCCGUGUCUGAUCUGGCGCAUGUUUAACGGCGGCUCGGCCAUUGACCUGGACAAGAUCGUCAACAUGACCAUGUCCACACAGUUCGGCGACCCGGCCAAGCGGCAGGAGACCAUCAAGCACAUUUCGCUGUACUUGGACCGCUGGCUGGAGGCUCACCGCCAGUAUACCUUCAACGCCCUUGUACGCAUGCGCCAACGCGUGUCCAAGGUGUUCUGCUUUCUGUGCGCCAAGCGAGACGGCACCUACCUGACGGGGCUCUACAUCUUCGUCAAGCUGUUGUACGUCAGUAAUGUCAUCUGCCAGUUCUUCAUUCUAAACAGUUUCAUGGGCGGCUGGUACUCAGUCUAUGGCUUCACGGUCCUCAACGGUCUGGCCACUGACCACAGCUGGCGCGAGUCACCUCACUUCCCGAAAGUCACCCUCUGCGACUUCCAAAUCCGGCAGCUGACCAACGUCCAGCCCUACACAGUACAGUGCGUGUUGCCUAUCAAUCUCUUCAACGAGAAGGUCUUCAUCUUCCUCUGGUUCUGGUUUUGCUUCGUUGCCGUGCUGACUGCGGGCAACUUCAUCUUCUGGCUGUGGCGCGCGCUCAUCCGCUUCAACCGCGUGGCGUACAUCAAGAAGUAUCUGCGCAUCCUUGACGAGCUUCGUGGCGAGGCCGACAAGAAGUUGGCGCGGCAGUUCGCUGACCAGUACCUGCGUGACGACGGCAUCUUUGUCUUGCGCCUCAUCGCCAAGAACUCCAACGACAUCCUGGUGUCGGACCUUGUUCUGGAGAUGUGGAAAACCUACAAGAACAAGCCCAUGAUCCGCAAGACCUCGGUCGGCGAUGACGACUACACCAAAGAGCUGCCACAACGACGACGACCGCGCGGACCGCCUGAGCCACCUGUACACCACCACCAUGCUCGUCAUCUUCGCAGUCUUUGUGGGGGCGGGCAGUACGUGGGCACCCCCAUAGACUGCAUCGCCGCCGCCGUCGCCAACGACGGCGCUAUCAGGUCCUACGCCAAGACGUACUGCUGGGUACACAACACCUACUACGUGCCCAUCGAUGACCAGAUGCCGGAUGAAAAUGAGAAGAAGCAGACGCUGAGCUACUACCAAUGGGUGCCCAUCAUCUUGCUCUUCAUGGCGCUGCUCUUUAAGCUGCCCUGUAUCAUCUGGAGGCUGCUGUCCGGCGCCUCGGGUGUCAAUCUGGACAAGAUCGUGACCCUGACGCUGGAGACGCAGCUGGGCGAAGGAGGCAAGUACCCGGAGACGAUCAGACAGAUCGCCAGCUACAUGGACCGCUGGCUGGAUGCUCACCGCCAGUACCAGUGGAACAUCAUGGUGCGGAUCAGACAGAAGAUCUCACAAGUGUUCUUAUUCUGCUUUGGCAAACGGCACGGUUCCUACCUGUCGGGGCUGUACAUCUUCAUCAAACUGCUCUACUGCAUCAACAUUAUCAGCCAGUUCUUCAUCCUCAACAGCUUCAUGGGCAACUGGUACUCAAUGUUCGGCUUUCACUUGCUUUCCGGCCUGUAUCACACGCGCACCUGGGCGGAGUCACCGUACUUUCCCAAGGUGACGAUGUGUGAUCUCAAGAUCAGGCAGCUGCAAAACUCGCAGCCCUGGACCUUCCAGUGUGCCUUGCCCAUCAACCUUUUCAACGAGCAGAUCUUCAGCUUCCUGUGGUUCUGGUUCGUCAUGGUUGCCAUCGUGACCUUGUCCAGCUUCUUAUUCUGGUUCAUCAGGGCCUUACUGCGAGACAAUCGUGCGCAAUACGUCCAGAAAAUCCUCAAGGCGUCAGGGGAGCUAGGUGGCGGAGAAGAAGAGCGGCGCCUUGCCAUCAGAUUUGCAGACAACUACCUGAGAGAUGACGGCAUCUUUGUUCUGCGUGUCAUCGCCAAAAACUCCAACAACGUCGUCAUCACAGACUUGCUUGUGCAGCUGUGGCGCCUGUACAAGGCCAAGCCGCUCGUUAGAAAUGGCGCCUCAGUGGACGAGGUGCUGGUGUGACCGACGACUGCAGUGACGUCGUUGUCGCCGUGUCAUCUGGGAUGGACGUUAUAAUCUCUUUGGAACAGCACGAUGAUGCGAACUGCAAGACUGCAGCUUAGAGUGAUGUCCCUUUGAUCAAACUUUGGUGACUGUUUUUAUUUAUUUUUUGUUCUGUUUUGCGUUGCUUCUGAUCAGUUAAUAUUUUUUGUUCAUGUCCACGAUUAAGUGUGUGUGAAAUGCUCUUAUGAAUGUUGUUACCUUACACAGCUAUCAUAUCAAUUUCGCCACAUCUUCAGUUUCUUUCAUAUAGAUAUGCUCAAGGUACUUGGCAAGGUAAUAAAAUCGUAAG